AUGCAGACAUUACCACCAACCCAAAUGGAUCAUCAUCUAUCUCAAUCAAGGUCAGGAGCUUCGGCAGAUCUUCCUCAACCAUCAACAAAUCCUUCUCAAGAUCCCGGAUCGAUUUCUCCGCGCGAUUCCGGGAGCCAGAACAACCCGGAGGAUACUUUAGCUGAUGAAUACGUGCACGAAUUUGUUCUGGAUCAUUUAGAACCAUCUGAGAAUGUCAAAAGAGAAGUCACUGACCAGAAAAAUGGUGGUCGCCCUUGGGCAUGGAGUCACCAGUAUCAGAAUCAGAAUUUAUCCCAGCCUGUUUUGCUAAAUAUGGCUUUGGCUAAUGAUCCUUCUACGCCUCCGGAGACUCCUCCGGAAAGGUACUCGUUGGAUACGGAAGGGACUUGGUAUUUGCCGUAUCCUAAUAGGAAUGAGUUGAUACAGCAGCCUUUGGAUUUGAGACCCUUAGGGCCGCAGUGGACGGAGCAUCGGAGGGAUUAUGGUAACUUUGGGGUGCAGUCACCGAUUUUGGAUCCGUACCAGGGUUCGAACAUAGUGCCGAGUCACAUUGGGCACAACCAGAUGCGCCCACAAUCCGUGUGCAGUGUUCAAAGUGGCUUAAGUCCCAGAUGCAACCAGCAAAGCUCCGGGUACUCAACUUGCUCUACAGAAGACACCUUAAACGACGAACUUUUAAUGUCCUUAUCAGUCCGUGAACUCAACAAACGUCUCCACGGUUGUCCACGUGAAGAAAUCGUUCGCCUAAAACAAAAACGACGUACCCUAAAAAAUCGUGGAUACGCCCAAAAUUGCCGCAGCAAACGCCUUCAACAAAGACACGAUUUGGAGACCACAAACAGAACUUUAUACAACGAUUUGCAAAGGGUCAGGAAUGAAUUAGCAAGGGUUUCGGAGGAAUGCGAUCGAUUGAAGCAGAGGUUGCAGCUUUUUAGGCAACAGCAACAGAACACAGUGGCGUCCAAUUUGAGAUUGGCAGCAUCCAACGAGGAAACUGCAGGGGGUAUGCCCGGAGCGAAUGCGGGGCAUAAUAGUCCGGAGUUCUAUUUGUGACGUCAAAGGGCCUCGUGCAAUUGGCAACCUGGGGGAUCAAGAUUUUGAAGGGAAAAGGAAAAAAUUGAGGUUAGGGAAGACUUUGGUAAUAAUUGUAUAUUUGGA